AGUUGCAAUCGCGAAUUAGCGUCGCACAGACGCGCUUUUUAUUUUCUCCCGCUCGAAAGACGCCAAUUGAAUCUUUGACACACUUUUGUUGCUCCUUUGUGUUCGUUUUGCUUUUUUUUGAGUUCGUUUCGAAGAAGAAUGGUGCAUAAACAGGAUAAUGAACAGCUGAUGGCGCAGCGUCUGGCCGAGCUUCAAAGUUUGAUUAAGGCGCAGCCGCAGCUACCCCACAAUAUUUCGUCGACAUUGCUGCGGCGAUUUCUGCACACGACGCGCGGCGAUGUGGCUGCCGCACAGCGUCUGCUGCAGCUCAACUAUGCCAUGCGCAACAAGCAUCCGCAAAUUUUCAUCGAUCGUGAUCCAAUGGAUGCCAGCUCCCAGCAGCUGUUGCAAGUCGCAGAUCUGGUGCCGCUGCCGGGCCUGACGCCGGAGAACAACAAGCUGCUAUUUUAUCGCCUGAUUGACCACGAUGCGGACAAGUUCAAUUUUACGGCCGGCAUCAAGGUCUUCUUUAUGGUCGCCGAUUGUCGCUUCGCCACGGAGACAGACGGCCGUUUAUCGGACGGAGAGAUACCCAUUUUCGAUAUGGCCGGCUAUACGUUGCGGCAUCUGACAAAGACGGUGCUCAGCUCGCUGCGCGUCUACAUGAAGUUCGUCCAGGAGGCGCAUCCGGUGCGGCUCAGGGAGGUUCAUGUCCUCAAUUGCCCAUCGUAUCUGGACAAAGUGCUCACCGUGGUCAAGCCGUUCAUCAAGAGCGAGGUCUUCAAGCUCAUACACUUUCAUCUGCCCAAUGCGGAUACCCCAUACAAGCACUUUCCUCGCGCCAUGCUGCCGGAGGAGUACGGCGGCGGGGCUGGCAAAAUGUCGCACCUAAAGCAGCAGUGGGUGCACUUGCUCCAACAGCACCGGGAAUAUUUAAUGGAUGCCGAUAACUGGCAGCUUAACAAGUGCAAAAAGGGGGUCACCAGCAGCAGCAGCAGCAGCAGCAGCAGCGGCAGCGGCGUCUGCAACACGUUGACGCACAGCCUCAAGACGCUGGAAAUUGAUUAGUUUUAGCCGUAUUCAUACCUUAUAUACCUGUACAUUAUAUAUAUCGACAUUGAUACCACAGCUGGGCUUGGAUUUAGUUCAUAAUUGUUUUCUAAUAAAAAUGCAUACAACAUG